CGGGACAGGCUUGACUAUUCAGCCAUAGCCAAGAUUCCAUGCAUCUUCUUCAGAGCUGAUCCUGAAGGAACAUCCAACUCCUGUUACCUCCUGCCUGUUCUUUGUUUGUUACUUGUUGUUUAUUUGUUUGUCUGUAUUGUGGGGAGCAAUAUGGCGGAAUCAGGGAAGGCUGAGGUAGUUGAGAGUUCUGGGGAGAGACCCCAGGUUAAGCUUGAGAUGAAAGUGCAGCCUGUAACACCUGUACCGCCUGACCCUUUAGAGGCUGAACUGCGGGCCCAAGAGGAGAAACUCCACUUGCAGGCCCAGGCAGUUGAGAACCUAAAGGCAGAGCUCAAGAGGAAGGAAGAGUACGCCCAGAAAGAGGCCAGGAGAAAAGUGUUGAUUGGAGACAUGCAAAGAAUCAUGAGCCUCGGUAUGACCAGUCAGGCCAGUAAGGACAUGGCAGAAUUCAUCCUGCUGCAGGAUGAGAUUCACCGGUCCUACUUUACUAACUGGGAUGACCGAAUCUCAGGUCUAGAGACCAGCCAUUCAGCUUUGUCAAAGAAGCUGGAUGACAUCUCUGCGCAGCUGAGCAACAUUGCCAAACAGCUGCAGAUCACCCCUGUUCAGACUGUUCCUCCUUCUUCUGGCCCUUCUGCAGCACCUGUCCCAAACCCCCCACACUCCAGACCUGCAUCCCCACCUCUUACACCCAAGUCACCAGCACCCUCUCAGUCCUCAGCCCCAUUUGAGCCGCAGCGGCCCAAGCUGACCCCUCCACCAAUGUUCUCAGAAGAAGAUCCUAAGGUGGACGUGGCAGAUUGGGUGACUGCGCAGCGAACCUACCUGAGUGGGUUCAAAUGCGACGAGGAUGUGAAGGUGUCAGCCAUCCUGGCACGGCUGGAGAGGACUGCACUGAAAUGGUGCACCUCUACUUCCAGCAAGCAGGGGAUGGAGAUGGCUGAUUGGGCGCAGAGGUUGGGGGUGGCUGGAUUUCUGCAGGCCCUGCAAGAUCGGUUCGCAGACAAGGAGCAGGCAAGAAAGGCUGCAAACAAAAUUCUGCGCCUGGACCAGAAAAAGUUUGAGGGCUCCUUGUCCAAACUGUUUUCCACCUUUGAGAGUUUGACAUCGACUCCAGGGUUGGAAAUGAGUGAGCAGGAUCUGCUCAUUCAUUUCCUAAGGGCAACACCUGAGCAAUUCCAGCAUGCUCUCUUCUCUCAGGGCCACAAGGACUGGAGGUCCUUUGGCAGAGCAGCCCUGGACUUGGAAUCCAAGCUCCAUGUCCAGGAAGCACCUUCUGAAGGAAGGAAGGGGCCCUCCUCCAAAGGGCGAAGGAGGAGGAAGGUCGCCCUGUUUGCUGCUGCAGCGUCUAGUUCUGAUAGUGACGCAGCAUCCCAGGGUGGGAGCCCUCCGCCUGGGACUGCUUCAUCAUCAGCUGCAGAUCCCGUUCUUGCCCUGGCUGAUGCUUUGAUGGGCUUGGCAAAGGGAAAGGCCCCAGCCCAGAAAGCACCAACCAGUCGCCAGGGGAAAGGGAAGGGACGUGCCUCUUCCCCUGGGGCCCAGAGAGAGAAGAAAAAGCACAAGUCUGAACUCAUCCUGCUUCAAUCCUACAUCCUGGGAGCCAAGAUCAAAGGGCCCUUGGACUGUGGGGCUACUCGCAACUUCAUCUCCCCCAAGGCAGUCAGUAAACUGCACUUGGAUCAGAGGUUGGUGAAGCUGCGACAGCCACUGGAAGUCCGCAUUGGGGACUCUUCCACAGUCAGGAUUACCACUGCUGUCAAGGGCAUACCUGUGUCCUUUGACAAGCAGGGGGAAGUCAGGCAUCGCCUGAACUUCUAUGUGUUCCCUAACGUUCCCUUUGACCUUGUCUUCUCUAUGCAGUGGCUUGGUGCCACCAAUCCUAGGAUUGACUGGCAGAUUCCUAGGGUUGAGCUGCCAGACCGGCAUGGGGUUUAUCGCCCUUGCAUGCUCGCUGAUGAGUACCAUCCGGCCAGCAACUGUUAUUGCAUGAGUGCUCGCAAGUUUUUGCGAUUCUCACGCCAGACUGACCACGCUCGUCUAUUUGUGGCUUAUGUCAAACAGACUGACGUGGAGACUGCUCCCUGUCCCUCUCAGAUUCAGCAGGUUGUAGACCGGUUCUCAUAUCUUAAGGAGGAGCCUACUGGACUUGUCCAUAGGCAGACCAAACAUAAGAUUGAGAUCCUGCCUGGCUCGGUCCCUCCCAAGGGCCGGGUCUACAGGAUGUCUCCUGCUGAACUUGAAGAGCUCAGGAAACAGUUAGAGACCCUGACCAGCAAGGGCUGGAUCARGCCCARCACAUCUGAGUUUGGGGCACCAGUCCUCUUUGUUCCAAAGGGGAAUGGUGAGUUCAGGAUGUGCGUGGACUAUCGUGGUCUCAACAAAAUCACGAGGAAGUCUACAGAGCCCCUUCCUCGCAUCGAUGACCUGUUGGACAUGGUGCAGGGCUGCACUAUUUUCAGCAAGAUCGAUCUCAAAUCUGGCUACCACCAGAUUGAGAUGGUUGAAGGCGAUGUCCACAAGACAGCCUUCCAAACCAGGUAUGGGACUUACGAGUACCUGGUUAUGCCAUUCGGUCUUUGCAAUGCGCCAGGCACUUUCCAAACAGAGAUGCACCGCAUACUGAGGCCUUACCUGGACAAGUUCGUAGUUGUCUACCUGGACAACAUCUUGGUAUUCAUUCGUUCUGUCCAGGAGCAUGCGCAGCAUCUGGCUCUGGUCCUCCAGGCCUUACGUGCUAACCAGUAUAAGAUCAACAGGGAGAAGCCCUCUUUUGGAGUUCCCUCUGUAAUCUAUCUGGGACACGUGAUUUCUGGAGAGGGGUUGGCUCCUGAGGCAACGAAAGUUGCUGCAGUUCAGGACUCGCCGCGACCUGCUAACAUUCGUGAUGUCCGGUCUUUCUUGGGGCUUGCAUCCUACUACAGGAAGUUCAUUAAGAACUUCUCAGCGAUUGCAGCUCCCCUGACUGAUCUUACAAAGAAAGACACUUCCUUUCUUUGGACGUCAGAAUGUCAGGAGGCCUUCACACGUCUCAAGGAGGCCUUGAUUCGUGCCCCUGUCCUGAAGCUACCUGACCCUACCUUGCCUUUUGUACCGACUACUGAUGCUAGCCAGUAUGGUGUAGGGGCGGUACUUCAGCAGGAUGAUGGGAAUGGUCUGCAGCCUAUUGAGUAUAUGAGCAAGAAGAUCAAAACCAAGAAGCUACAGGACUCUACCUAUGAGAAGGAGCUCUAUGCUCUUGUGUCAGCGCUCAAGCAUUGGAAGCACUUUCUCCUGGGCAGGCACUUCAAAACCUUUCCAGAUCACUCCACCCUUCAGUGGAUGAAGUCCCAGGGAGAGCUGAAUGACAAGCUUGCUCGCUAUAUCAAGUUCAUUGACAUGUUUGACUUUGAACUGAGACACAAGAAGGGCUGCUACAAUAGAGUCGCAGAUGCCCUUUCUCGUAGGCCUGACGCUCUCUUUCUGAUCUCCUUUACAACUCGUUUGGAGAGAGGACCCGUCAGACCAUUGCCUAGUUGCUGCCCCAAGAUGAGAUCUUUGGGCCUAUUGUGAGGAAUCUCCAGGAAGAUCCUGCCUCUGAACCAGGAUACUCUCUGGUCUCAGGCCUGCUGUACACGUGCAGCAGAGGCGA